UCACUAUUCCAGCCUCUCUUCUUUCUCUCUGUCUUUCACUCUUAACCAUGUUAUUGAGAAACAACAUAACCUUAUUUUCUUCAAAUCUAUCUGUUUUCUCAUCUGGGUUUUAACGCUUUCCUUCUCCAGAUCAUAGCUUUUAAAAGCUUGGAACUUUCUUUCCUUUCACAAGUAUUUAACUUUCUCAACAUAAAAGUGGAAAAAGAUAAGUUCUGGGUGUGAUUGCUUUGUUUUGAACAGAUUCAAAUUGAUGGAUUUCUUGAUUACGAUUCAUAUUAACUUUGGUUCGUUUCAGACUGCAACUUGAUUUUUAUGGUAGCUAUUCAUUAGUUGGGUUUAAUAGUAUGGGUAGAGGUAGAGGAAAGGGGAAAAAGUUGACCGUUAGCAACCAUGAAGACGCCGGGAGUGGUGAAGAAGAGAAAAUUCCUUUGCAAAAGAGAAGGGGAAGGCCGCAAAAGCCGCUAAAAGAUGAAAUCAAAGACGAAGAAGUCGAAAAACUUGAUGGGGAUGGCGAGAAUGGAAAAGCUGAUAUAACAACCGAUGAGAGAAAUAGUCCCCCUGCUGCGGAGAACAGGAAAAAGAGAAAGCGUGCAUCGCAGGUGAAAGAGAAGGCCGAUUCGGUCAAAGAAGAGAAUGGCUUAGGCACCAGAUCGAGCACCGAUGAAUCGUCAAAGUCUAAUGGUUUCCGGCAAAAUGGGAGUAGGCGUAAAAGCAAGCCACAUCGAGCUGCUGAAGCAGUCGUUGAAUGCAAGUGAGGUUGUGGCGGUUAUCGCUAUAGGUGUCUUCUUUUUUCACUUUGCCAAACACAUGAUGAGAUGAGAAGCGAGGCCUCGUAAAUCUUUUUAUCUAAUAUUCCAUCUAGGUAAUUGUUUCCUACCACUUUUGGUGAUUCCUUAUCUUUGAUUGCGUUUCUAUUUUAUUUGGUUUUUGAACUGAUUGCGCUGUUGUAAUUUUUGAUAAUGCUAUUAUAUUCGACAUUGUCACGGGAUUCAUGUAAUAUAUCAUCCGGAUUACAUUGCCAAGCUCUUCCUUUCGCCAUUCUCAUAAA